UGGUUUGUGGUCCCUUCUCCUCCUGUCAGCUCGGGCUCACUCACCGGACUCCUCACCUCACUCAACGCGCCCAGGAGCCGUGCCGUGCCGUGCCAAAGCGGACAUGACAAGAGCCGGACCAUAGAGCAACACGCGUGGGCGCAGUAAUGGAGAAGCAGCCGCGGCUACUGUGUUCGAGGCUCCUCCGGGGACACAGGCAGGUGGAGGUGGCCCUGAACAACAGUGUUUUGGGUUGGAAGGACACUGACCGGAGCAGAAAGCGAAGCUCGGGAUUCAGCAGUUUAUCCGGAACCGCUCACAGUCACGCUGUUCCGGUGUGUGAGAUAGUCGCUGUCAGCAAGACUGAAGAUGACAACACAAAGAAGAAGAAGCUCGGCUCCCAGCUGUAUCCCCAUGCAUUCACAGUUUCCUACGUGGUGAGGACGCGGCAGCACCAGUGGCGCUGUAGUGACGUCACCUUCCACUGUGCCGAUCUGACGCUCUGUGAGCAGUGGGUCCAAGUUGUCAAUGAGCAGCUGUCACUACUCACCAACCGGCCGAGGAGCCUCCUGGUGUACAUCAAUCCCUUUGGCGGAAAGCAGCGAGGGACGCGUAUUUACGAGCAGAAGGUGGCUCCACUCUUUCGCCGCGCCUGCAUCUCGGCCGAUGUGAUUGUUACAGAGCGUGCCAAUCAUGCCAGGGACCACUUGAAAACAGAGGCCAGUCUGGAUGAAUAUGACGGGGUGGUGUGUGUGGGGGGAGAUGGCAUGUUCAGUGAGAUCCUGCACGGGUUGGUCACCAGGACCCAGACUGACCAUGGCAUGGACCCGAACCAACCGGAUGCUGAGCUGGUGCCGUGUUCUCUGCGCAUAGGGAUCAUUCCUGCAGGGUCCACCGAUUGUAUCUGCUUUGCCACAGUGGGAACCAACGAUCCAGUUACUUCUGCUCUACACAUCAUUGUGGGUGAUACUCAGCCGAUGGACGUGUGCUCGGUUCUCCACGACGACGUCUUCCUCAGAUACUCGGUCUCGUUGCUCGGCUACGGUUUCUACGGAGAUCUGCUGUCAGACAGCGAGAGGCAGAGGUGGCUGGGUCCUGCCAGAUACGACCUGUCAGGGGUGAAAACUUUCCUGAGCCACAAAUGCUACGAAGGCACCGUCUCGUUCCUCCCCGCCGAGGACGACGUGGGGAACCCGAGGGACAAGCUGCUGUGUCGAUCCGGGUGCCACGUGUGUCAGCGCAAGGCCUCAUCAAACGACAAGCGGCGGGAGAUGUCAGCGGAGAAGGAAAAGUCUGAUAAAGAUGACGACAGUGGUUGGGGUGUGAUCCGUGGAAAGUUCAUCGCCAUUAACGCCGCCAGUAUGAGCUGCGCGUGUCCCCGCAGCCCACAGGGCCUGUCGCCGUUCGCCCACCUCGCCGACGGCACCACCGACCUCAUCCUGGUCAGGAAGUGUUCCCGUUGGGACUUCCUCAGACACCUUCUUCGACACACCAACAAAGACGACCAGUUUGACCACUCCUUCCUGGAGGUCUACCGCGUGAAGACGUUUCGCUUCCUGCCGGGGGACCAGGAGCCAGUUUCGCUCGAGGACCAGAGCGAGACGCAGUCAGAGAAGACUGGCUCCGCUCCCAUCUGCUCCGUCCAAACAACCUCCUACAGCAAAGCCCACAGCAGCUGGAGCUGCGACGGGGAGAUCCUGCCUCACGCCGCCAUCCAAGUCAGUGUCCAGUGCCAGCUGAUCAGGCUGUUUGCCCGUGGUAUGGAGGAGCAGCAGCAGUGUGUUUCUGAAGACCCCUGCACUCUGUGGGCACCGGAGCCAAACACACACUGAGUGAGUGGACUGAGAGCUGGAUGGGCCACUAAAAAACACAAACUUGGCAAAAGUAAACUCAAAAUGUUGGCAUCCACGUCUCUCUUUCAGUGCGUUUGCCUGAGGGAAACCUGCACUAUCUGCACAAGAAGUGACGGAAUGAUUGAAAAAAAAUAGCUCCAGAAAAAAGAUGGAAAACUGCCACUACCAGCCAUAAGAAAAUGAAAGAUGGUGAUCCAAAGAGACCGUGUGGAUGUUCACACGGCCACAUGAAACAGAGCUGAACUGGACUGAGCUGGACUCAUAGCAAUCAGUCAAAGUUUUCCAAGCUUCCAUGAAGGAGAAGGCAAAUAGGAUUUCUCCCUAUACACAGAGGAGGGACAGCCAAGGAAAUACAGCUUUGUGAGACGGAUGAAUUAAAAAAAAUACCUGUGAAGUAUACUGAUAAUAUGAAAAGACUUAAAAUGCCUGGGCUGCACCAAAAAAGACCAACGCAGGCAAUCUGCUGGUCCUUUUUGGGACAAAAAAUAUUUCAUUUCCUUUUCACCCAGGUGAAAGCCGAUACGAGCCGGGGGCACUAAUGAAAAGAACUGAAUACCCUGCUAAUACACUAACAGGACCCCGGUGGCUUCUGGGUAAUAAGGCAAAGUGGUUGCUAAGUGAUUCACUGUGUCUCAGCACUGCUGCGCUGCACCUGUGGCUCCGAGCUCUGCUCCCCUCCGACUGAGAAACUACCGGCAGUUCAUUCAUCGCCUGGGAUUAGCCAGAACUAUACGUUGUUAAUGUUUGUAGAGAUAAUCUAUUGUACGGCUCUAAAAUUAGCAGGUCAAGCUGGUCUUGAUGUGUCUUUUAUUAUUCCUACUGCUGCUUCAAUAAAACUACAUAGAACUGCCUCUAUAAUCAUAUCUAAACGAAAUGAAAGGUGUGUGUAUGUGUUUGUGAGCGUCCGAAUGUCUAUCUAUAGUGAUUAGGGCCAAUUUUGGUUCAAUACCAUAUAUCCUUACAAAUUCAAAGGACUGUUUAAGGUUAAGGUAAGGGGCUAGGAAAUGCAUUAUGCCAAUGAGUGUCCUCACAACUAUAGAGAGACAAGUGUGUGUUUGUGUGUGUGUGUCUGCAAAGGUGCCAAUGUGAUGAGUUAGUUUUAUCACAAUUAGCCUCAUGACUGCUAUUUUGCAGAUGCUCUCUCACUGCAGCCAACACACUGCUAAAACAAGUAUCUAGACAGGCGCACGGGCACACACACGCACACACACACACACACAGUUUAUCUAAUGCACACACACACACACGCUCUUUAACUUUUAACACCAUAAAAGCUCUGUCCGCUCUUUGAAUCCUCUCCAGUUUAGUUAAUACUCACUCUGGAUGUCUGUGAUGCUUCACCUUCAGCACUGGCUUUUGACAAUCUGCACUUUGAGGCUCAGAUGCUUUUAAGUCCACACACACAAACAUGUGCCUUCAGCGAGGAUUGUUUGAGAAAUUUAGCAAUUAGUGACUGACAAUGCAAAAGCUGGAAAAAGUCCAGAUGAAAAUUGGAAGUUUCUUCUCUUUUGUGUAAUAAACAUUAAAGGUUCGGCGUGCAGGAUUUAUUGCCAUCUAGUGGUAAAUGUGCCUAUUACGACCAAUUAAACCAGCCUUGCCUCAUGGCCCCUUUCAGGUGUGUAGGAGAACAUGUGGUGGCUACACAGGUAGUGUUUACAUGUGAAAGGUCCUGUUGAGAGCCGGUGUUUGGUUUGUCCUUUCUGCCAUUUUAAGCCAACAAAAACACAACAAUUGCGCUCAGCUAGCUAACAUUAGCACGUAUUACAUGUCCUUACAUUAUACAAAUUUGGUUAACAUUAGCCCAGCUCAUAAUAGGACGACAAUCUUGUAUCACAACUCAAAGUAACUAAUAUUUGGUUUUACUUUAUGUGGACUAAAAGUCUUUGAUCUCAGUGAUGGUUAAACGCUAACAGCGUUUAAAAUGAGGAACACCCAGGUUCACAGAUCUCAAAUGUCAAGAAUAUAAUAUACGCUGAUUUCUUAGCAGAAGAUAAUUUGCAUUUCAGCUUGACAAGUUUUUUUAUUUAAUCUUGUUGUGCUCCCCGUAUUUGUGAAAACACAUAAAUGAAACUGUGAUGUAAGCAGAUACUGUGAUGUAAGUAAAUUUGACCUAUUUUAUGAAAAUGCUUAAUAAAGUGCCUCUGAAGUG